UUUAAAAGCACACAUCGCAAGUCAGACACAUUUUACAAAAUUUCAGAGAAAUUAGCGAAAAUUUUAACUAAAAAAAUGGUCAAAGUAAAGCUCGAAAAGGGAAAAAAGGCUCCGGUAGUCGCCGUCGAUGCCCCCAAGGAUCGUGUCAAGACAAAAGCCAACAAAAAAGCUGCCGCACCGAAAAAAGUCAAACCCGUGCCAGCGAAGGACUUUGCGGAGGCCAGCGACAGUGAUGAAGCUCCCGAAGCCAUUCCCAUUGCGAAAGUCGAUCAAGUUCCCGUCGUUUCGAAGAACAAGAACAAAAAUAAAAAGAAGAAUAAAAAAGCUGCAGCUGCUGCUGCGGUUGCCGGUGAAGACGACAAAAAGGAUAAUUUGACAAAAAUUAACAAAGCUGGAAAAGUUACGAAAAAGCCACAGAAAAAAGAUGCGUUCGUGGAUAAAGCUGAGAAAAUCACGAAAAAGUUGAAAAGUGCGGCGAAAAAUUUGAAAACGAAAGAUGCGGUCGUUGAGGAUCCCGCUGAGGCUCCUGAAAUGCUUGCCACAAAAGAUGCGAUUCGUGCUGCCGUGAUUGCUUUAAGGAAAGCCACUGAAGAAGAAGCGAAGGAGAAGAAAAAGUUGUUUGACAAAGAUUUCAAGUAUUGCUUGCAAGUGUGUGCGACCAAAAUUCCCAAAUGUCCCACGCGGCUUGUUCGAUUACCCUUACCGCAUUCCCUUUACGACGACACAGACGACAUUUGCUUGGUUGUCCGCGACGACGUGCGUGGCAAGCAACACGAUCCCGAACUAACAGCUGCCAAAUACGAGCAAAUUUUCCGCGAGCAAAAGAUCGAUUUCAUCAAAAAAGUCAUGCCCUUCCAGGAGAUGAAGCAAAAUCACAGCAGUUUCGAGCAAAAACGCAAACUCGCCCAAACCUACGAACUUUUCUUGUGCGACUCGAUCAUCUCGGCGCGCGUCUUCAAAUUUACCGGCAAAUAUUUCAUUGAAACGCGCAAAUCGGCUGUUCCCGUCAAAAUCAAGCACAACGAAGAAAAAAACCUAAAAGCCGAGCUACUUCGUGGCGUCAGCAAAACGUGCUACAAACAAGUGUCGCACGGCAUGACAACAGCCAUUCAAGUGGCAACACACAAACACUCCGUCGAGCAAUUUGUCGAGAAUAUCGAGGCAAUUUUGGAGAAACUCAAGACCGAAUAUCCCGGUGGCUGGGUGAACAUCAAGAACAUUUACUUGAAGCCGAUGGCUCAUUCGGUGGUCAGUUUGCCGUUGUACAUCAGCGAAAUCGAUCCGAAUCGCGUUCCGGUGCCCGUUAUUGUUGGGCCCAAAUAUCGACAUCUCAUGAAAGUCGCCAAUAAACUCGAAAACGAGUCGAAGAAAUUCCGCUUGAACGAAGGUUUCAAGGUCGAGAAGAAAAAAGGCGUCAAACGCGAAUCUGAAGACGGAAAAGGACAAAAAACGAAAAAAGUCAAGGUAGAAAAUGAAGAAAAGGAGGAACAGGAAAACGAUGAAGAGACAGAAGUAAAGGCAGAAAGUGAUGGAUCUGAUGGCGAAAAUGAACCUGAAGAAGAGGAAAAGGCACCAAAAGUGAAACCAGCGAAGAAACAAAAGAAAAAUAAGAAAUCUGCAGCUGCUGCUGUCGAGAAAAAAGUGGAAACGAAACCAGUAGUCAAGAAGGAAAAUGUAAAGAAAAAUAAAAAAGGACCGGCGAUGGAAAAAGCGAGUCCCAAAAAAGCUCCUGUUGCCGACAAAAAACCAAAAUUCGAGAAAAAGGGAAAGAAAGCAAAGGCUUAAGUGAAUUUUUUAACCGACUGUUAUCUAAACCAACUUUAACUAUUAAAUAGAUAUCUUUGAAAUAAAUUUAUUCUAUAAAAAUAAUGGACCCGUUGACUUUGUUCUAUCCAUAAAAA